AUGAAAUCCCUGAGUGUUUCACUGGUGGUCCUGUGGCUCCAGCUAAAUGGGGUGAGCAGCCAGGAGAAGGUGCAGCAGAGCCCAGAAUCACUCAUUGUCCCAGAGGGAGCCAGGACCUCUCUCAACUGCACUUUCAGCGAUAGUGCUUCUCUGUAUUUCGCAUGGUACAGACAACAUCCUGGGAAAGAACCCAAGGAGCUAGUGUCCAUCUUCUCCACUGGUGAAAAGGAAGAAGGCAGAUUCAAAAUUCACGUCAUUAAAGCCAAUCUACAUGUUUUUCUGCACAUCAGAGACUCCCAGCCCGGUGACUCUGCUUUCUACUUCUGUGCAGUGAGCACACAGUGCUCCCCAGGCACCUGCAGCCUGCAUGCAAACCUACUGUGCAGUACCAGCCCUGACAUAGAUCACAGACCACACAGGAUGAACAGUCAAGUAGCAGAAGAGAAUCCUUGGGCCCUGAGGAUCCUCGAGGGUGAAAACGUCACUGUGAACUGUAGUUACAAGACAUCCAUAGCUGCCCUACUGUGGUACAGACAGAAGUCAGGCCAAGGUCCUGCCCUGGUAGUGUUAAUACGUUCCAAUGAGAGAGAGAAGCACAGCGGGAGACUAAGAGCCACCCUUGACACCUCCAGCCAGAGCAGCUCCCUGUCCAUCAGUGCUGCUCAGUCUGCAGACACUGCUGUAUACUUCUGUGCUACAGAUGCACAGUGUGGGGCAGGCACCUGCAGCCCUGACACAAACCCUCAGGGCUGCUUCCUAGACCCCAACUGUGGGUGA